AUGGCUACCCUAAAGUUCUCAGUGAUGGUCGGAGAAGCAGAGCUCAUCUCACCGGAGUUACCAACUCCGGCAGAGUUCAAGUACUUAUCAAACCUAGACAUCCAAACUGGUCUUCUUGGCCAUAUCCCCUUCAUUCAUUACUAUAAUUCACAGAAAACCAGUAAACAACAUGACCCAGUGACCGUUCUCCGGCGAGCUUUGUCUAAAGCCUUAGUGCAUUACUACCCUCUCGCCGGCCGGCUGAGGCCCGGUCAUGAGAAAGGUAAGUUCUUAAUGGAUUGUUGUGCUGAAGGUGUUGUUUUCCGAGCUGCCGACGCUGAUGUCACGUUGGAACAACUUAAGAACGUCUCCGGCGGGAUCCGGCCACCGUCUCCGUAUCUCAGCAAGUUUCUCGUUGAUGAUGUUUGGGGUGGUAACUUUAUCACAAACUCUCCACUACUACGCAUGCAGGUGACAAGACUACGUUGUGGCGGCUUUGUGCUUGGGUACACAGUGAACCACUGUGUGUGUGACGCGUGUGGCAUAUUUCAAUUCAUCAGAGCCGUGGCCGAGUUCGCACGUGAACCGAACCGGUCUGGUCCAACCCAACAGCCGGUUUGGUCUCGUGAACUUCUUCGCCCUCGCAACCCUCUCCGAUCUUCAUUCUCACACCCGGAAUACAACAUGGAUCCGAACCCGAAUGAUCCCGCACCCGAAUCCGAUUUCCGUAACUUAACCCAAUUCUCAAUUUUCUUCACCCGAUCCGAGAUCUCGGCCUUAAAAUCCCAGAUCAACGGUCCUAAAACCCCGACCUUUGACGCAAUAACCGCAUUGCUCUGGCGGGUUCGGACCCGGGUUCUUGGUUUAAGAUCCGAAACCCGUCUUUUCUUCGCCGUUGAUACACGUGGACGUCAUCAGCCACUCCUUCCCGCAGGCUACUACGGUGUGGCCAUUAUUAUCCCUUGCACGAUCGUGCCCGCUAAGCAACUCGUGUCUCGCCCGUUAAGCUUUGCUGCAGGACUGAUAUCGGAGCUGAAACGCUACGGAUCCCAUAAAGAUUACCGGGCUUCAGUUGUGGAUUUCGUUGAGGCCCAUGGGCCGAGAGGGUUAAGCGGUGGAGAAGGGGCUUUCGCGGUGUCUGACGUCAGCAAGCUGAAAUUUGCUGACGUGGAUUUUGGGUGGGGCCCGGGGGUGUAUGGUGGUCUCGCGAGAGCAGGGACAGCGGACAUUCCUGGGAUGGUGGCGUUUUUAGUGGGUUAUAAAAGGGAGGAUGGUGUUGAUGGUUUGCUAGCGUUGCUCUCGUUGCCUCGCGGGACAGUGGAUGCGUUCAAAGAUGAAGUUCGCAACGUGAUCAACGGCUGUAAGAUGAGAUCUCGUCUUGAAUCAUGA